UCAUUGAUUAAUUAUUGGAUCACACUAAUGCAUUCUUAUAUACUUAUGUACUAUAGUAGAAAGGUCAUGCUGUUUCAAAAACUACGUAUCUUUCGUUAUGCGUUAUUGAUUGCAUUGUUUAUGCAUCAAUAAUAAAAGAUGCAUUUGCAAAGUUUUGUUCAUCGUACCUUUUCACUGUGAAUAACUUAACAAAUCCAUAUGUUUAUAAUUAAGCUAUAACAAUCCAUAAUGAGCUCUCAACCAAUUGUGGUACCUGGUGGUGAACAUCGGUCUCAACCAGAAACUUACUCCGUGUCUGUUGGAAGUACUUCUGAUUCUUUCAAGACUAUGACACCACCGAAUGUUAGCAGGUCACUUAGUAAUCGUAUUAGUGACAGUGGAUCUGAUACAUUACCAAGUAAGCUAGAACCAGUGGAUCAACAACUUCGAAGAAGCAGUGCUCAAGUUCAAACUGCGGCAUUACCUAAUCUUCCAUCAACAGAGUCGAUAGCAACAUGCGUAAAUUUAACAACUGCUGCGCCUCCACUUUCUCCAGGACUAACUGCAAUGGGUGAAACUAAUCAAAAAACAGAUAAUGCAUCUGAUAAGUCUUUAGAUUCCUGUAAAUUAACAAGAAAAGAAUCCUACAAGGCUCAGAGAAAAAAUUAUCGAAUGGAGAAGAAGAGAGUUGCCAAUGAACUCUUAAGUUCAUUUAAGGAUCCAACUGUUAUUGUUAUGAGCGAUUGGCUGAAAGUUCGUGGAACGUUAAAAAGUUGGACAAAACUGUGGUGUAUUUUAAAACCUGGCCUGCUACUACUGUACAAAAGCCCAAAAACAAAAAGCAAUCAUUGGGUGGGAACGGUUUUGCUUAAUACGUGUCAAGUGAUAGAGCGUCCAAGCAAAAAGGAUGGAUUUUGUUUUAAAUUAUUUCAUCCUUUAGAACAAUCGAUAUGGGCUCCAAGAGGCCCAGAAAAAGAAUCCAUUGGUGCUGUUGUACAACCAUUGCCAACAUCUUACUUGAUCUUUAGAGCUCCUUCGCAGGCUGCUGGUAAAUGUUGGUUAGAUGCACUUGAACUAUCCUUGCGUUGUUCCUCGUUAAUAGUACGUUCAACAAGUGCAUUACCACGUGCUUUGCCACAUGAUACUACUACUACCCAUGAAACUCAAUGGAGUGAAGCAGAUUAUGAAAAACAUUUUGACGAGCAUGACCUGGACGAUAUUAGCCAACCCGAAAAUGGAGUAGCAGCUGAUGCAGAAAUCAGUGCCUCGGAUAGUGAGUCCGAAGGAUCGGCUAAAGAAGAUCAACCUGAAACCAUUAAUGAAACGCCUUACGUUGCGAAUGAACAAGAAAUUCUUGGAGUGGCUGGAGAAGUGGUUACAGAAUUGCAAGAAGAACAAAAGUCUCUAAUAUGGUUCUUAAUGAAACAAGUUCGGCCAGGGAUGGAUUUAUCAAAGGUGGUCUUACCUACCUUUAUUUUAGAACCUCGUUCGUUUUUGGAAAAGUUGGCUGAUUCUUAUUAUCAUGCAGAUUUAUUGUCUCAAGCAGUAAUAGAAGACGAUGCGUUCACACGAAUGAAGGGAGUAGUUCAGUGGUACUUGUCUGGAUUUUACAAGAAACCUCAGGGUUUGAAAAAGCCAUACAAUCCACUUUUAGGUGAAACAUUCCGCUGUUAUUGGCAGCAUCCUAAUGGUUCAAGAACUUUCUAUAUAGCUGAACAAUUAUCUCAUCAUCCUCCUAUAUCAGGAUUCUAUGUUACAAAUCGACAGGAUGGAUUUACUAUAAGCGCUACGAUCAUUGCUAAAUCUAAAUUUUAUGGAAAUUCAACGUCAGCAGUAUUAGAUGGCGUUGCAAUAUUAACAAUGUUACCUAGAGGAGAAGAUUACACAAUGACAAUACCUUAUGCUCAUUGCAAAGGUAUCCUAAUGGGUACAUUAUCCAUGGAACUAGGUGGAAAAGUUCAAAUAAAAUGCGAGAAGACGGGUUACCAUAGUGAAUUAGAAUUUAAGCUUAAGCCAUUUCUUGGCGGUGCAGAGCAAAUGAAUCAAGUUGCAGGUUGGAUACGUCUAGGAAAAGAAACUCUUGCUACUAUAUCCGGUUACUGGGACGGUCAGAUAUUAAUUACUGACAAAAGAACAGGACAAGAAAGUGUAUUCUUUAAUCCAACUGCAGAGGUGCGUAAAAAGAGAUUGAAAAAGUAUACUGUUCCCUUGGAAAAUCAAGGUCCGUGGGAAAGUGAGAAGUUAUGGUAUGAUGUUACGCAAGCAAUAAAUGGUGAUGAUCAAAUAGCUGCUACCGAAGCAAAAACUCAAUUAGAGGAAGCACAGAGAGAACGUGCUAAAGAACGAAAACUUAAGGGACUAGAAUGGGUUCCCAAAUAUUUUGUUCAGGAUAUUAUAACGGGUAAUUGGGUAUAUCGACACGCGGAUGUUCGGCCAUGGGAUCCUAGAAAUGAUGUUGUUCAGUAUGAACAAGAUUAUAUAGUUCGUACGAAAACUAGACAUAAAACGCCAAUCAUGCGUACUGGUAGUAUCGUGUCUGCUGACCCACAAUCACAGGUUCCCCUUCUUCAAGCUGAAUCUCGUUCUUCACUCUCCGUACUAAAAUCUUCUAAAAGACAAUUAUCCAGUAAUUUACCAUUAACAGAGACAGCACACGAUUCCGGAAGUUCGUCUGCUGAGGUGCAUUCAGAUUCUAGUCAAUCAGUAGGUAAAAGGAAACGCUCUACUGCAAGGAUAAUGGAUGUUGUUAAAGACGUAGAAAGACAAAUGUUGGGAUACGGGGAUAAACUUAAUCGUAUACAACAUAUACUAGAACAGCUUGCUAUUAAACAAAGAGAACAAGGUGAUCAACAUCAUAGUAUAAGUAUGCUAAAAAGUUUCAUAGAUACGAUUCUUGUUAUCGUAAUUGUUUUUUCCGUUCAAUAUUUUGUAAAAAUAUGGAAUGAAAAACCUAACGGGGGUUGAGAAAUACGAUAAUAAGAUUGUAGUGUAAAUUGUACAUGUUAUUUAUCUUGUUUCAAUUUCAAUUAUAGGCUUUUUUAUGUAAAAAGCUUUUAAGGGAAAGAAUCCUAAACUUAGAAGUACCUAAUUUAAAAGUGUUUUCGGUGAGGGCAAUGAUGUAUCUUGUUUUGGUAGAACAUCACUGAAUAAUAGUAUACAAAAAAAAAAAAAAGAAUCAGGGCUUUUAAGGAAUUAUCCAUAAUUACAGUGCAAUCUUUAUAGUUUAAAGUGAUUCAGUUAAUGCUUUGUAAUAUAAUAUGUUCUUUAAGUGUAUAAAUGUAAAGAUUUAUUUUUUAGUGAUUAGUGCAAAGUUUUUAAUCCUCGUUAAAACGGUCCUCACAACAGCAAUGAACUAUACAAGGUAAAGGGAUUGUAUUUACAAUUUCUUUGAGCUUAUCAUGUAUAUAACUACUUUAUAUGCUAAUGCACGAAAGAUAAUUACAUAUUUAUUCAAAGAUUCUAACAAUGUUGUAGUCCUUAUUACAGGCGCUCAAUAGUUAAGUGUAAUUGAUAAUAAUAAGGCUACUUUAAAAAUAUAACAUUUAUUGUUAUACACAGUAACUAUACUUGAAUUAUGGCAAGCAUAGAAAAAGCUAAUUGCAGUUUCCACUUUCAGAAUCAAUUUUACAGCGGUUACCAAGAAACAGAUUGUAACUUGGAAAUAUUAUUAACCAGUUAUAAGUGACGAAAAAUUCCUAUUAAGAUUAUCCAUUAGUGUUAAACAAUUUCGUCCAAAAUUUUGGUACAAACUAUUAGUUUGAUUUUUAUUAUUCCUUUACAUUGAUUGCAAUACUUUAUAAUAAUCGCAUCAUUUUAAACGAUCUGUAUUGAUAAUGUUCUGUGUUUUAAUAGUUUAAAUUGUUUGAUUAUGUCUUAUUGUAUAUACAAAAUUUGCUGUUUUAUAUAACUUUAAAACUGAUUAUACGUUGAUUCGAUGUUCUAAAUUUUUCUUAUAAUAAAAGUAUGUCAAGUUAUAAUAAUUCUAUCGUUAAAGUAAGUACUUUGAAAGAAGAAAUAAUUUUAGUUGGCAAAUUUUAUGAUAUAUCAUAUCAAACUAAGAUAGACAGUAUAAAAUACUUAUAUCAACAAUGACAUGCCAAUUCAAAUAUUUUAUUUGGAUUUUUAUGUUUGUAUGUUAAAAUUUUAACAUUUUAAUAGUAAGCAAUAUUUGCUUUUAGUAAAAGAAUUAUGUAUAAUAAAAUUCAACGUUUUGGUAACAUUUUAAUGUGUUAUAUUUAGAAUAUAAUUUUGUUGGGAGAAAUACAAUGUGAUAAUUUAACAGAACAAAAAACAGCAAUUUCUUUUUUAUAUAAAGUUGCAUUUAUUAUUAAUAGAGAUCUAUUUCUUUUAUUGUCUAUAGCAGGUUUUCUUAUACAAUUAUUUCUGUUUCCUAGAACACUGCAAUUAGCUAUAAAUCUAAUAAACUUUUUAAAUAGUUUAGACGAUUAAAUUCUAUUGUAUAAUUUUUUUACUAAACUUGAACCAAAUUUUAAUUGGUUACUGGGAUAUAUUUGUACCAAAAGUAUAUUUUGCACAAAAAUUUAUAAUUAUUCUUGUUACUUAGUUUCGUGUAUACAAAAUUAUCCUUUAUUAUGAAUAGAUAUAAUUUGUUCUUAAACUUGGAAUAAUUUUAACACGUGGAAAUAAAUUACAUCUCGCAAUGUUUAA